AUGAGGCUCAUUGGGGUUAAAGUUGAAUUUAUUUUUUCUUUCAGGAGGAAGUUGGUUCCUCUGAGCAGGAAGGUGGAGCAGAGAGAGAAGAGGAAAGAGGAGAAAGCUCUGAUCGCCGCUCAGCUGGAUAACGCCAUCGAGAAGGAGCUUCUGGAGAGACUCAAACAGGGAACGUACGGAGACAUCUACAACUUCCCGAUCCAUGCCUUCGACAGAGCGCUGGAGCAGCAGGACGCCGAGAGCGAGUCGGAGGAGGAGGAGGAAGAGGAGGAGGAGGAGGAGGAGGAGGAGGAUGUCGGGAAGAGAGAGUUUGUGGCAGAAGAGGAAGUGGAGGAGAGCGACCUGAGCGACUUCGAGGACAUGAACAGACUGAAGACGAGCAGCGACGACGAGGACACAGACGAGGACGAGGAGUCCAGCGAAGAGGAGGAGGAGGAGGAGGAGGAGAUGGAGAUGGAGGUGAAGACGAAGAUGAAGAUGAAGACGAAGACAUCCGGGUCUAAAGGCAAAGCUCCGGCCAACGGCUCGGCGGUGAGGAAGAAGCGAGCGUACGUGGAGAUCGAGUACGAGACGGAGCCCGCCACCAAGAGCAGAGCCACGUCGUGAUGUCACUGCCUCUGCAGCCAAUGGAACUGUGACUCUGCUGAGGACACGCCCACUCCUGUAAAUGAAAGUGUGCUGACGGACGCACAGAACGGAUCUGACCCGGGAUCAGAUUAAAACACACAAAGUGACUUUAACUCUUUCUUCUUUUCUUUUUUAUGUGCUUAAAAAAUACUUUUUUGUUAAAUAUUAAUCGUUUAAUGUUGUUUGAAAACAAACGUCAAUAAAUCAGUUUUAAAAACAA